UUGCCAGGGCCGGAAGUGAGUUUUGUGCGUUCCAACAUGGCUACGGUGGAUAUUAGAGAUAAUUUAUUGGGCAUCUCCUGGGUUGACAGUGCUUGGAUUCCAAUACUAAAUAAUAGCACUGUCCUGGACUAUUUCUCUGAAAGAAGCAACCCUUUCUACGACAGAACGUGUAAUAAUGAGGUGGUGAAAAUGCAGAGGUUAACUCUAGACCAUUUGAAUCAGAUGGUUGGUGUUGAAUAUAUUUUGCUUCAUGCCCAAGAACCCAUCUUAUUCAUCAUCCGGAAACAACAAAGACAGUCUCCUACACAAGUUAUUCCCCUUGCCGAUUACUACAUAAUCGCAGGAGUGAUCUAUCAGGCACCUGACCUCGGAUCUGUCCUCAACUCUAGAGCACUAACUGCAGUGCAUGGGAUCCAGUCUGCUUUUGAAGAAGCAAUGUCCUACUGCCGUUAUCACCCAUCUAAAGGGUAUUGGUGGCAUUUCAAAGACCAGGAAGAGCGAGACAAGACUAAACCUAAGGCCAAGAAGAAAGAAGAAGCCAGCUCAAUGUUCCAGAGACAUAGGGUCGAUGCACUGCUUUUGGACCUUAGGCAAAAGUUCCCUCCCAAAUUUGUCCAGCAAAAGUCUGGAGAAAAGCCAGUACCUGUGGAGCAGAUAAAAAAAGAGCCCGAGCAGCCUACAGAAACUGUAAAACAGGAAGAAAAAGAGCCGCCCAAAGUUUCACAACAGGGAACAACUCCCAAAGGUCCUCCAGAGAAGAGAAUGAGGCUGCAGUAGCCGGGAGGGCUGUGCUGUCAUUGUAUAUGCACAUUGUCUACAGUGAAUUGACUGUUCAAACAUGAACUGGAUACAAAGACCUGCUAAACUGAUACAUGAAAGGGAUACUUAGUACUAUUAUACAUUAUCCUUUUUUUAUAACAAUACUUAAAGUGAAUGUCAAGUUUGACCAAUGUGUGCCCGGUCUUUAAAAAUCCUAUUAAAAACAGGAACACUUUCAUUCAUCAAACUUUACAUUUAACUUGUUUUGUUAAAAUACCUUGAAAGCUGCUCCAGCGCUCCCCCCGCCCGUCGCAAGCCUCUUCAUACGUCAGUAAUGACAAAUCCGGCUUCCUCCAAUCACGGCUUCUCCCCCAGAGCAAACAUUGCCUGAGGCCAAGCCGUGAUUGGAGGAAGCUGGAUUUGUGUACUAUGCUAAAUUACAUCGCCACUGUUUUGUGAACCAGUACCUGAUUUUUUUUUUUUAAUCUUAGAUUUAAAAAAAAAGGAAAAUAAAUAAAUAAAGGGCAUAACAAGUUAUCAGUGAUAAACUCGUGCUCUUUGUGGAACAUCUACAGCAGGGUUUUGUGGGUAAUGUGUACCUUUUGCACCACAUGACCCUGAUUGUCCUGCUUUGGUCAAGCCUUAACAAGAAAGUAGAACAAGCGUUUGCUCCACUGAAGGGAAUUUGAAGAAUACUAAUGUGUUCUGGAUUUAAGUUAAAAACCUGCAGCAAAUACCUUAAAUAUUAUUUAUUAAUAAACAGUCUUUCAUUAAUGUC